AUGGAGGUCGCCAUUGUUGAUGACCCCAUGAUUUCAACCUUUGAUGUUUACUACGACUAUGUGUUGGAGAUUUUUGGUGUGGGGUUUCUGAUCGACCUUAUUCUUAUUUUGAUGAGAGAUGUAUGUGUGAUCACGUUUAUGGAUAUGUUGAUCCAUUUCAAAGCGUUAAUUGACUAUGAGCAUCAGUUCGUGGUAGUUCGUACCCUAAGUGGGGGAGAAUCGACCAUCUAUGGUGAUGACACAAGGGUUGGUUCAGCCUUCUGUUUGGUCGCCAGGUCUAGGAAGUAUCUUCAGCAUGGAUUUUCGACUUACCUUGCAUAUGUGGUUGAUACUCAGGUUAAGGGGAAGUCAAUUUCCAAUGAUCCUAUGGUGAGAGAGUUUCUAGAUGUUUUUCCACAAGAUCUACCAGGCGUUCCUCCUGAGAAGCAGGUGGAUUUUAGGAUCGACCUGAUCCUUGGUGAUCCCCCAAUUGCCAAGGCAACAUAUCACCUUGCACCACCUAAGAUGUAA